CACACCCCUCGCAUUCUAACAGGGAAAGAGGGUUAGUGAAGCAACUGCACCUGGGAAGGCAGCGAGGAGGCGCGCGCCCGGCGUUCUCCCUCAGCCCCGUUGCCUUUGAUUGGCUGCUUUCCCUCCGCUCUCCGAGUCCCGUUCCUCUCCCAUCCAAUCAGAAGGAAGGACUUCCUGGAAUCUCGCCUGCUGGGAAAGAAGGGAGUGAAGAAGGCACCAAAAAGGAAGGGCGAGGGGAAAGCUUGGGAGGAAAAGAUGAAUAUGAGGCGAGUGUGCCUGCUGACGCUUCUCCUGGCGCAGCUGGUUCUUGUAGCGAAGUGCCAGAAGGAAGAGGAAGGGAAGGAGGAGGAAGCUCAAGGGGAAGAGUCUGAUUUAGAAGAUGAUGAUGAUGAUGAUGACGACGACGACGACGACGAUGAUGAUGCAGAAGUAAAAGAGGAAAAUGGUGUAUUGGUGCUGAAUGAUGCAAACUUUGAUACAUUUGUUGAGGGCAAAGAUACAGUGCUCCUGGAGUUCUAUGCUCCUUGGUGUGGACACUGCAAGCAAUUUGCUCCAGAAUAUGAAAAAAUAGCCAAAACACUGAGUGAAAAUGAUCCUCCCAUCCCAGUUGCUAAGAUAGAUGCUACAUCAGCUUCCACUGUGUCUGGUCGCUUUGAUGUUAGUGGUUACCCAACCAUCAAAAUCUUGAAGAAGGGGCAACCUGUGGAUUAUGAAGGCUCAAGAACAGAAGCAGAAAUCGUUGCAAAGGUGAAAGAAGUCUCAAAUCCUGAUUGGAUCCCUCCACCAGAUGCAACAUUAGUGUUGACCAAAGAAAACUUUGAUGAAACAGUGAAUGAGGCUGACAUAAUUCUGGUUGAAUUUUAUGCUCCAUGGUGUGGACACUGCAAACGAUUGGCUCCAGAAUAUGAGAAAGCAGCUAAGGAGCUUAAGAAGCAUACUCCCCCUAUUUCCCUUGCAAAAGUUGAUGCUAUUGCUGAAACAGAUCUUGCAAAGAGGUUUGAUGUGUCAGGAUAUCCGACUCUCAAGAUUUUCCGCAAAGGCAAACCAUAUGAGUACAAUGGUCCAAGAGAAAAGUAUGGAAUUGUUGACUACAUGAUAGAACAGGCUGGUCCUCCAUCCAAACAAAUACAGGCUAUCAAACAGGUACAAGAGUUUGUGAAAGAUGGAGAUGAUGUCAUCAUCAUAGGAGUGUUCCAAGGAAACCAAGAUCCAGCCUACCAACUUUAUCAAGAUGCUGCUAACAAUCUAAGAGAAGACUACAAGUUCUACCAUACUUUCAGCAAAGAAAUUUCGAGCUUUCUGAAAGUGGAUCCUGGGAAUGUGGUAGUGAUGCAACCUGAGAAAUUUCAGUCAAAAUAUGAGCCUAAAAUGCAUCUUUUGGAUAUUAAAGAAUCAACUGAUAUUGAGGAAGUGAAAAGCCAUGUGGUGAAACAUGCUUUGCCUCUUGUAGGCCAUCGCAAGACUGCUAAUGAUGCUAAGAAGUACAAUAAGAAACCCUUGGUGGUAGUUUAUUAUGCAGUAGACUUCAGCUUUGAUUAUCGAGUUGCUACACAGUACUGGCGAAACAAAGUUUUAGAGGUAGCUAAGGACUUCCCAGAAUAUACUUUUGCAGUGGCCGACGAAGAAGAUUAUUCCUCAGAGCUAAAGGACCUUGAACUGAUUGAUAGUGGAGAGGAUGUUAACGCUGCCAUCUUUGAUGAAGGUGGCAAGAAAUACGCAAUGGAACCAGAAGAAUUUGAUUCUGAUGUGUUGAGGCAAUUUGUGUUGUCAUUCAAAAAAGGAAAACUGAAACCCAUUGUGAAAUCGCAACCUGUACCAAAAAAUAACAAGGGUCCGGUGAAGAUUGUAGUUGGAAAAACAUUUGAGUCUAUAGUGAUGGAUCCCAAAAAGGAUGUCCUCAUUGAGUUUUAUGCUCCCUGGUGUGGACACUGCAAGAAACUUGAGCCCAUCUAUACUGAGCUGGGGAAAAAGUACAAAAAUCAGAAAAAUCUGGUCAUCGCCAAAAUGGAUUCCACCGCCAAUGAUGUUCCCGGCGAGAAUUACAAAGUGGAAGGAUUCCCUACCAUCUAUUUUGCUCCCAGCAACAACAAGAAGAAUCCUAUUAAAUUUGAAAGUGGAGAACGAGAUCUGGAGAACUUGAGCAAAUUUGUAGAAGAACAUGCCACUAAACUAAGUAGGAGAAAAGAAGAACUUUAAGGGAAAGAUAGAGGUUACACACAGUGAACAAUUAUUGAAUCCAAUUAAAAGAUCAUUGCAAAGGAAUCUGAAGCAUUUGGAGCAAAUUUGGGAGAGUAAAACAAUGCAGUAUGGAUUUUUUUUGUAUUACCAAACAAGUCUGAACACUGAACUUUUGAUGUGAAUGCUUUUUUUAUUAGUUUAAUAGCUUGAUUCUUCCCACUCUUAACGAUUAAAAUGCUUUCAGAGUUUUCCUCCAAAAAUAUUUUUGUUUUUGUAUUCUAGACACAAAGAUGACUUCUCUUGUUUUUGACCCUAGAUAUGAACUGAUGGUUUCAGAUCUGGCAUUUUGUAUGUUUUUUGGUAAAACAAAAGAAGAAAUUGUAAAUGAAAA